AUGUUGUUCCUCGGUGGCUUGAUAUGCCUUUUCUUGCAUGGCGCUGCUGCAGAGCGCCAAGAUGAGGAUUUAUUCUCGUUUGUCACUCUUCCUGAAGUCCGCGCUCCCAGGUUUGAGGUUACUCAUAUCGACCGUGAUCGUCAGCUGCCGGGUUAUUGGUUCAUUGCCCCCUACGGACAGAUCAACCCCGAAGAGCCGACCCAAAAGUACAUGCAGUACCAGGUCGGGCCUUAUAUUUAUGACAAUGAAGGCGAGCUCAUUUGGGCCGGUUCCCCCAUGACCGAUAAUCGGAACGUCUUCGAUUUUAAAGCCAACUGGAACGUCGACGAAAAUCCUCAUUUGUCUUUCAUUCUCCAACAUGAUUAUAAUACCGACUCGGACAAAGGAAGCGGUAUGAUUCUGGGCAGUGACUACAAUAUAGAACACCAUGUCGGAGUUCUCAAUGACCUUAGUGCGUUCAAUAUGCACGAAUUCAAUAUCCUGGAUGGCGGCAAGACUGGCUUAGCAUGCACGUACAGAUCGCAACUGACCGAUCUGGACGACUUCGACCGCCCUGAUGAGGAAAGCUGGGUCGUUACGGGUGGAUUUGUCGAACUGGAUGUUGAAUCAUCCGCAAUCCUUUUCGAAUGGGACUCGUUCGAUAAAAUUUCUCUCAGUGAAUCUGUUGUUUUCCACGCGUGGGAUGGCACUCGUGGCGAGCCAGGAUGGGACUACGUGCAUAUCAAUUCUGUUGAUAAGAAUGGGAAUGGGGAUUACCUUAUCUCUAUGCGCUUCACCAACACGAUCUACAUGAUUUCCGGCACGGAUGGCGAGAUUAUGUGGCGUCUUGGAGGAAUCAAAAGCGACUUCGACAUGGACUUCACAUUCUCCAAGCAACAUGAUGUUAAAUUUGUCGAGUCAAACGGCACACAUCAUGUUAUUUCGAUCAUGAACAAUGCAUCCGAUGAAAGUGAAAAUGACGAAGAUAUCUCAUCUGCACUCUUUAUAGAACUCGAUACUGAUGCGUCCCCGAUGACUGCCACAGUUAUCAGGCGUAUUGAUCGACCUGAUGGCGAGCUUACCCGACUUCGCGGCAAUGUUCAGCAGCUUCCAAAUGGAAAUUCCUUCAUUGGAUGGAGUAAGCAAGGCUACCACUCUGAGCAUGCGCCAAACGGUGAUAUUCUGCUAUCUGCGCGAUUUUCUUCGGAUCGCUUCUCAAGUUACCGGUCAUAUAAGUUUGAUUGGAUCGGUCGACCCUCUGCACCGCCUGAUCUGGUUGCCUCUGUUUAUGGCACCAGCGAAGAGGACAUGAUGACUGUCAUUUAUGUUAGCUGGAACGGUGCAACUGAUGUCGCCGUCUGGGAAUUCUACGCCCGCUCCUUCGAUCAUGGCAAGGAUGUAUUGAUCGGAAGUACGAACAAGACAAGUUUCGAAACAAUGUACAUUGCCGAGGGGUUCAUGGAUUGGAUUACCGCUAAGGCUGUCGAUGAAGAUGGCAACGCCUUGAGCACAUCGACGCUCUACCGCACCGAUAUCCCAGAGAGCUGGAAAUCAAGUGGCUUUGAUCAAUCCUUACCUGAUCCUUCUCCUGAUGAUCCAGAGAUUCUGCAGGCUAUUCAGGAAAAGGUCGAAUCGGGUGAUUACGGUGAUGUCAAGUCAAGCUCGGCCACUGCAGAAGGUCGCAAAGCUGCCGUCUAUGCUGCCACAAAAGAGGUCGCUCAGUCUGUCUACAAGGCGUAUGGCAUGAUUCGAUUGUUAGAAAACAUCGUCAUGUUUGUUCUCGCAGUUUGCUGUGUCGGUGGUAUCCUAGCCGGGGUUUGGCAUUUCGUUCGUCGUCGCAAGCUGAGAUCCUAUCAGCACGUUCCAUCAGAUGAGGCACCUGCUGAGGAGGUCAACAAGACACUCAACGGCAACGAAUGA